UUUCCUUCCCUCCCCUCCCUUCUUGGCGAUGUGCUGUUAGAAUCCUCUCCAGGACUACCCCCGAAGUAGGAAGCCCGAGGCGUGGAGUGAAUGAAUAUCCCGAUGAGAGAUCCAGUGAUCCCUGGGACAAGCAUGGCUUAUCACCCCUUCUUACCUCACCGGGCCCCGGACUUUGCCAUGAGCGCCGUGCUGGGCCACCAACCCCCCUUCUUCCCAGCCCUGGCUUUGCCUCCCAACGGGGCUGCUGCCCUUUCCCUGCCCGGGGCUCUGGCUAAGCCCAUCAUGGAUCAGUUAGUGGGGGCCGCAGAGACCGGUAUCCCCUUUUCUUCCCUGGGCCACCAGGCAGCAGCUCAUCUGAGGCCUUUAAAAACUCUGGAGCCCGAAGAAGAGGUGGAAGAUGACCCGAAAGUGCAUCUGGAAGCCAAAGAACUUUGGGAGCAAUUCCAUAAAAGAGGCACGGAGAUGGUGAUUACCAAAUCAGGAAGGAGAAUGUUUCCUCCAUUUAAAGUGAGAUGCACUGGACUGGAUAAAAAGGCCAAGUACAUUUUAUUGAUGGAUAUUGUGGCGGCUGACGAUUGUAGGUACAAAUUCCAUAAUUCCCGGUGGAUGGUAGCCGGCAAAGCUGACCCUGAAAUGCCAAAGAGAAUGUACAUCCACCCGGACAGUCCGGCCACCGGCGAACAAUGGAUGUCCAAAGUCGUCACUUUUCACAAGCUGAAGCUCACUAACAAUAUCUCUGACAAGCACGGAUUUACCAUUUUAAACUCCAUGCACAAGUACCAGCCCCGGUUCCACAUCGUGCGAGCCAACGAUAUCCUCAAGCUUCCCUAUAGCACGUUCAGGACCUACGUUUUCCCGGAGACGGAAUUCAUCGCAGUGACCGCAUACCAGAAUGAUAAGAUAACUCAAUUAAAAAUCGACAACAACCCUUUUGCCAAAGGUUUCCGUGACACCGGCAAUGGAAGGAGGGAGAAAAGGAAGCAGCUGACCCUGCAGUCCAUGCGGGUGUACGACGAGCGGCAGAAGAAGGAAAACGCCACCUCGGACGAGUCUUCGAACGAGCAGACGGCCUUCAAGUGCUUUGCGCAGGCCUGUCCCGCCGCGCCGUCCGUGGGCACGUCCAGCCUCAAGGAUCUCUGCCCGAGCGAGGGGGACAGCGACGCGGACAGCAAGGACGAGGCCCUGCUGGAAGCGAACGACUCGGGCAAGAUCAGCACGACCACGGCCGGCCCCCCCGCGCCGGGCAGCUCCGCGGCGGCGRCCGACGACCCCCGCGACAAGGGGAGCAGCCCCUCCAAAGGCCACUUCUUCCCCAGCGACUCUGCGCUGAGCCGGAGCCGGGAGAGGACGGAGAAAACCCCCCCGGACUCCCGGCAUAGCCCGGCCACUAUCUCCUCCAGCACCCGAGGGGGAGGCCUGAGCGGCGAGGACCUCAAAAGCCCCCUCCGGGAAGGGCCCAAGGUGGACGAGAACCGGCUGCUGGGCAAAGAGCCCUUCGCGCCGCUCACGGUGCAGACCGAGGGCCCCGCGCACCUGAGCCAGGGACCCCUGCAGAACCUGGGCUUCCCCCCGGGCCUGGCGGGCCAGCAGUUCUUCAACCCGCUGGGCAACGGGCACCCGCUGCUGCUGCACCCGGGCCAGUUCGCCAUGGGGGGGGCCUUCUCCGGCAUGGCGGCUGGCAUGGGCCCCUUGCUGGCCACCGUGUCCGGCGCGUCCGCCGSCGUCACGGGCCUCGACAGCACCGUGAUGGCCACGGCGGCGGCUCAGGGACUCUCGGGAGCGUCGGCGGCCACUUUGCCCUUCCAUCUGCAGCAGCACGUCCUGGCCUCUCAGGUACUUGCCCCCCACUCCGUUCCCCCGUUCAACCCCAGUCCCAGCAGCGGGGGGUGA